AUGCUUUCAACUCAAUCAGCAGUGGUUGUGCCCAAAGAAGAGUCUGUCCAAGAGUUUGACUUUUUUGAAGCUCUUUCUCUUACUCCUCAUAAGGAGCCAUUCUCAAUAGGCACAGAGGAACUCCUCUCUGGGCCUGUUACUGUUUUCCAUCCGAUUGAUCCGAUCACGCCGAAAUCACCCCCUCCUUUGGCGACGCCGCUUCCCAAAGCAGCGAGCACUACCAAUAUUGAUUCCCCUUCAAAUUCGCAACCGGCCAUCAAGAAAUCUGCAAAUAUGUCGCGCCAGGUGUCAAAAGCCCACGCAAAAUGCAGCGAGCUCUGUCAUGUUGUUGCAGCCAACGGAGAUCGCACCUCCGUUCGCAUGCUCGAAUAUCUAACGACAGUCAAGCAGCUUUCAACAAACUUUGAUCGCUUGGCACAUUUGUUUCUUGAUACCUGCCAGAUUCUGUUUUCUAUUGAAGCUGGCCUCGCAGAAUGUGGGCGCUCAACUCCUGAACUACCACCCGAUGUUGUUGUAGAUCUAGACAAGAAGCUACGGGUUGCUCAGUCAGACUUCAAUAUCCUGGAUCAGAUGCUCAGCAAGCUCCUAGAAUAUGAGCGCAAGGGUACCAUGGGAAGAAUGAGACGCGGAUGGGGCAAAAUCUUCGGAGACACAGAUGUCGACAAAAUGACGUCGGUUCUCGAGCGCACAAAAGAAGGCCUAAGAAUGAGCGCGCUACUGUUCCAGUGGACCUUGGGCAAUGAAAAGAUUGAACGCGGCAUGGGUAUUGGGUUUACUGGACUCGCUGCGGCAUUGGAUAGACUUGACGACAAUUCCGGUCGCGUCAAAACGAAGGCCUCUGAGCCAGACAUGUCGCGUCAUCGUCCCUCUCCUCUGAACCAUGGACUGCUGACUGUUGACGGGCAGCAUCAGCAUAUGCAGCCUUCUUCGGCUGCAUGGAGCGAAAGAUCCUCCUCUCGCAGGCCUGAUUCUAGUCUGGGAAACAAGCCGUUCGCAGCCUCACGUGGCCCAUCAGACGACAUUCCUCACCAUUACAGCAUAACCACUCCGAGCUCGAUAAUAUCUAAUGACAGAGGGAACUCUGGUAUGGUCCCAUCUUUCGAUCGGGCUAGCACUAUUGGAGACGCGUCAUCGCACACUGGCACCACUGAGUCAGAUGCUCUAUUGGAGGAAUUGGCCGGCAUGGAACUUGGAAAGUCCAAGGCCGUGCGACUCAAGGUUGAUCCAUUUACAAUGCCACGCUGGACGCCUCGCAGUACAGGAGGCUCAGAUGCUGAAAAUCUCAGAGGUAGCAUUGUCUCCGCUGUCCGAGGAAAAAACCAUAAGUUGGUCGAGCAGUUGCUGGACAGGGGAGUAUCGCCCAACGCAGCUCUGACAGAGGCUGUAAAUCUCCAUGAUUCCGAAAGUAUUCGACUAUUGCUCCUCUUUGGAGCAAACCCCAACGAAGCAGAUACCGAUGGCAUCACACCACUCUUCGCAGCUGUUCAAAAAAUGUUCUUCUCUGGAGCAAUCACCCUCCUUAAGUAUGGAGCGGAUCCUAAUCUCUUGGCUGGGCCGGAGCUGGAAUCUCCGCUCGCAUCCGCCAUCACUACCAAUAAAGUCAGCUUGUCGCAUCUCAUGUUGAUGUACGGUGGCGACCUAUCCCCCGUUACUUCGAAUGGCAACACCCUGCUCAUUGCAUCAAUCAACAAGAAAACUCCAAAACGGAUGGUUGACCUACUACUCCAUUAUGGGGUUGAUCCGAACGAGAAGAACAGAGAAGGAAAGACGGCCCUUUUCGAGGCAAUCAACGCCGGUCGGGUUGACAUUGUGGGCAGCCUCCUAGAUCAGGGAGCGGAUCCAAACCUCCCUGGACCUAAACACAUGCUCUGGCCAGCCGCACAUCAGACACCCUGCCUGCAGCUACUUCUUAGCCACGGUGCUGACUACAAAAAAUGUCCCGGCAUCAUGGAGUUGGCAACCAGUCUCAACAAUAUCGAAGCCGUCCGCGUGCUCUUGAAAGCUGGAGUUGACCCUAAUGCCAAAAAGGACGGUGUCUAUACUCCCCUCUGCACCUCAAUCCGUGACAAUAGAAUGGAUAUAUUCCAGUUGCUACUCAGCAGCGGCGCUGACCCAAACUUCAUGGCCAGCGAGUAUCCUGCUUUCAAGUGUGUUACGCACAAUCGUGUCCACCUAUUGCCAGCGCUUGUAACUGCCGGUGCAGACUUACAUACCCCGAAAGGAAUCUUGGAGACGGCAGUCAGCUCGAACAAUAUGGAAGCACUAUCGUGGCUGUUAGAUCAGGGUCUUGAUGCAAAUGAGAGAAGUCCUAAGGGGUACUCCCCUUUGACAACCGCUAUCCGGGAGAACCGCAUGGAAAUGAUUGAAGUCCUGCUUGCCAGGGGAGCUGACCCUAACAAACGAGGGCAAGAUUGGCCAGUGUGCAUGGCUGUGCGAAGCCCACCAAUUCUUCGGCGCAUCUUAUCGGUGCUCACUGAGCCACGCGCAUACAAGGGCGUCAUGGAAAUGGCAGUGGCAGCUAAUCAGAUAGAAUCUGUCAAGCUAUUGCUCGCAGCUGGUGUUUCGGUAGAGGAUAAGAAUGGUGGAGUUUUCUCCCCGCUAACCACCGCCAUUCGUGAAGACAUGAAGGAGAUGGUUGAGUUCCUCAUCACCGAUGGCCACGCGGAUCUGAAUUCUCCUGGUGAGCAUCUCCCCAUUGUCAAGGCAGUCAGAAGGUGUCGUGGCGACGAUACGGAGAUUCUGGAAAUGCUUCUCAACAAGGGCGCAAAUCCAAAUAAGUUGUACCGCGGCUGGAACGCCUUUAUGCAGGCCGUCGAGAAUGGUGACAUGAGAAUACUCAAACUUCUGAGUAGUAAGUUCAGUGUUGAUCUGGAGGCCAAGGACGACCAGGGGCGAAACGUCAUUGAGAUUGCCUCCUCUCGGGGCUGGGAGGAGGCGGUAAAUAUAAUGUUGGAGGGAAAUUUCAGGCUUUAA